AUGAAUGAAUCAUCAGAGUCUCCUCCUCCUUCUCGUACGUUUUCUUCGUUACCAUACGACAUCAUACUCAAUUGUUUGGCUCGUGUCUCGAGAUACCAUUACCCAACUCUAUCUCUCGUCUCCAAGGAGUUCCAAUCUCUCAUCGCCUCCCGUGAGCUCUACGCUACACGAUCCCGCAUCGGAAAAACCGAGAGGUUCCUCUAUAUCUGCUUAAACCUGACUAAGAGCAACCCUAAGUAUCGCUGGUUCACACUUCCCCCAGUUCCCAACGAACAAAAACUACUACCCGUCCCUUUGUUUACUUAUCAUCUCAAUUCCUCAACCGUCUCCUCAACUGAUUCAGAGAUUUACAUAAUCGGAGGCCUCGUUUGGGGAAAUAGAAGCAAGAAAGCGUCCAUUUUUGACUGUCGAUCUCAUCAAACGCGUAGACUCCCAAAAAUGCGUUUUCCUCGAGCUUCUGCUGCCGCUCAUGUCAUUGACGGUAAGAUCUAUGUUAUUGGAGGCGGCGAGAUUCGGGGAGAGGUUUAUGACCCAACGACCCAAACUUGGCUCACAACACCAGUAGAUCACACCACUGAAGAGUGUCAAAAAGUUUAUGACAAGCAUGGCGUGAAUAUUUGCUUUGUAGAGAUAGACAACUUGCUGUGCCAAACAUUUGUAUUCAACGGGAAGCUAUAUUGGCGUCAUCCAAGGGGAGAUGAUUUUGGCUGGGCUAGGGUUAAGGGAGUGGAACAGGAACUCUUCCGUAAUCAUCUUUCUUAUGUGGACAAAUCCGGCGGAGGAAGAAGAGUGACAGUGUGGUGGAAGUCUGUGGUGGUGUUUGGCUGUCAAGGUCUUGGCUAUUCUACGGAAUUUGAUACAGAGAUUUGGUGUGCAGAGAUUUCGUUUGAGAGACGCGGUUUAAAAGAGCUUUGGGGAUUUGUAGAAUGGUCUAGAAAAGUGUUCACAUGUAAGGGAUGUGAUUCUCCUACGGAUUUUGUUAUGGAUUCUGUCCUUGUGACAUAUUGA